UUUAGCCUUCACGGUGUCAGACUCUGACUCCUUCUUUUGUUACAGUGUCUGAUUCAGUCCGUAUACCUGAGCUUAGCUCAGCUGCAAAACAGCAGAGGAUACAAAUUAUCUUCCCUCUUUAAGCUGGUGCAGUCUCUUUUUACUCGCAAAAAAAGUAAAACCCAGAAAAUAAAAAUUAAAAAAUGGAUGUGGUGAAAAGGUUUACAAACUUUGAUGUGAUACUAAUAAUAAAAUACUUUUUAAAAAAAAUAAUAAUGAAGGCUUUUAUUUUAAUUAAUUUUUUCUUCUUGUUGGAAGGGUGGUUUGUUUGCUUUUGGGACCUAAACCUUCCCCACUUAGAUGAUGAGAUAAUCAUGUAACCCCCCUAAAACCUCAGUUUCAAAUGCUGGGCUCCGUGACUGUGUUUAAAAGGGCCAAAAUAAAGAAAAAGAAAAGAAAGACAAGUUACUGACCUCCUUUUUUUAUCCAAAGUGUGAUGAUUGAUUCCAGUUGGGUUAACUCAGAAACCAACCCGGUUAAAGUCUAGGAAUUUGGGUUUCAAUAUGAGGUUUUUAUUAAUCAAGUUGCAUUCUUGAUACCACCUUUUUUUUUUUUUGUUUCUACAGACAUUGAAGGAAGGUCGAGAGAACUUGGAAUAGGAAAAAGCCAAAUUUUUUCAACUUAGUCCAUUUAAUGAUUCCCUCACAGGUUGCCCAAAAAGACACUGGGUUGGGUUCAGGUUGUUUGUUUUGGCAUGAUUGCUGAUCUUGUUUUGGUGGUGUUUCAAAAGAAAAGCAUGUCUUUUGAUGCGAGCAUAUGAACUUUCAAGUGGAUGGUAUGGAGUUUGGACCACUUUGGUUUCUGGGUAAAGUGGAUAAUUGGAGCUUGUUUUUGUUGAGAAAUGAGCUGGAUUGUCUCCUGAGUUGUGCUGUCGGUUAGGUGAAUGAAUUUUUUCUCUGUUUCAUUUUGACAAACUUGAAUCUGUUUUGAAUUUUGGUGUUGGGGUCGCCUUGGUGGUUUUACUUUCAUGAAUUUGUUCUUCUUCUGGAACUGGGAAUUUUGAGAAGUUCUUAAGGCGCCUUGGGGAAAUACAUAAGUUUGCUUUGCUCAAGAUGUCUAUGAACGGCAAGCUUUCUGGUUCUAAUUGUAGAUUAUCAGCAAAUUUCAGGCUGAAGAAAGCUAAGGAGACUAUGCAUGGACCCAAUUCUUUCAGAAAAUGGAAGAGGAACCUUCUCUUCCUCUGGCUUUUAGGCUUCGUUUCCACUGGGAUUAUUUGGUUCUUGUUGAGUUUCAACAGUGUAGCUUUGGGCAGCAAUAAGAAGACAGCCGAUUCUUGUGAGGAAAAGGCAAGAAUCUUGCUUCAACAUUUCAAUGUUAGCAAGAACCAAUUUCUUGCUUUAGCUUCUUUCUUCUAUGAAUCAGAUCAGAUAGCAUUUCUCGAAUGUGGCAAACAUUCAGGACUUGAAAAGCCAUGGAGUGAUGAUGUUACUUGUGCUCUUAAAGUACUGUGUCCAGAGAAGCAAGACUCCAGAAUGCAGCAGGUGCAGAUCGUAAAAACUAUGGAACUUAAGGAUCAAUGUCCAGUCCAAGUUGAAAAUAUUCACAGCGAGCAUGACUUGUCGUUGCUGGAUCACCAUACUUAUGUCCCACAAAAAUCUGUUUCAUCAAUAUCAUGGGAGCAUCAUAGUGGUGGAAAGAACAUCUUGCAAGGAAGUGCAUUUGGAGGCCAACCAAAAGACAAUUUCAAGAACUUGUCUUUCUGUAUGGGGAAAGGAUGUUGGUUGCUUCUUGUUGGAGUGCUACUGAGCUGUAAGAUUCCAGGAUUUUGUUUGAAGCUCAGGUGGAAACAAAAGAAUGAGCCAGCUCCAUUGCAACCUGCAACUCAGCAACUACAGCUGCUGUUGCAACAGAAGCAGCAGCAGCAGCAAGACCAGAGCCCUCCCAAAGGUGCUGGGAAGUGGAGAAAGAAACUCUUAACAGUUUUCGUACUUCUGGGGAUCCUUACAUCCAUCUGGUUAUUUUGGCAUUUAAACCAAAAGAUCAUUCUGAGGAGAGAACACACACUUGCCAACAUGUGUGAUGAGAGAGCACGGAUGUUGCAAGAUCAGUUCAAUGUUAGCAUGAAUCAUGUUCAUGCCUUGGCAAUUCUUGUAUCCACUUUUCACCAUGGGAAGCAUCCAUCCGCCAUUGAUCAGAAAACAUUUGGUGAGUAUACCGAGAGAACAGCUUUUGAGAGGCCGCUUACCAGUGGUGUUGCUUAUGCAUUGAAAGUUCUUCACUCAGAGAGGGAGCAGUUUGAGAAGCAGCAUGGAUGGACAAUAAAGAAAAUGGAAACUGAGGAUCAGACUUUAGUCCAAGAUUGCCGGACUGAAAAUUUGGACCCUGCACCCAUUAAAGAUGAAUAUGCACCAGUGAUAUUUUCACAAGAAACUGUGUCUCAUAUUGUCUCUAUUGACAUGAUGUCUGGACAGCAAGACCUUGAGAACAUCCUGCGAGCAAGGGCAACCGGAAAGGGUGUAUUGACAUCACCUUUUAAGCUAUUAAAAUCCAACCACCUUGGUGUUGUGCUCACAUUUGCAGUUUAUAACAAGGAUUUGCCUCCAGAUGCUACACCUGAGCAACGUACUGAAGCGACCGUGGGGUAUCUGGGUGCAUCUUAUGAUGUCCCCUCCCUGGUGGAGAAGCUUUUGCACCAACUUGCUAGCAAGCAAACGAUUGUUGUCAAUGUGUACGACACAACCAAUGCAUCUGCUCCAAUCAGCAUGUACGGUGCUGAUAUAGCCGAUACUGGUUUACUGCAUGUUAGCAGCCUUGAUUUUGGCGACCCAUUAAGGAAGCACGAGAUGCACUGCAGGUUCAAGCAAAAACCUCCAUUACCUUGGAUGGCAAUCAAUGCAUCUGUGGGAGUCUUAGUUAUUACUUUGCUUGUUGGUCAUAUCUUCCAUGCAGCUAUAUGUCGAAUCGCAAAAGUGGAGAACGACUGCCGAGAGAUGAUGGAGCUCAAAGCUCGUGCUGAAGCUGCAGAUGUAGCUAAAUCUCAGUUUCUAGCUACUGUUUCCCAUGAGAUCCGAACUCCAAUGAAUGGUGUUUUAGGUAUGCUGAAAAUGUUGAUGGACACUGAUCUUGAUGCGAUCCAAAGGGACUACGCCGAGACUGCUCAUGCUAGUGGUAAAGAUCUUAUAUCGCUGAUAAAUGAAGUUCUUGAUCAGGCUAAGAUAGAAUCAGGCAGGCUUGAACUUGAGGAUGUGCCCUUUGAUCUACGCAACCUUCUCGAUAGCAUUCUCUCACUCUCCUCUGACAAAUCUAAUGAUAAAGGAAUCGAGUCGGCGGUUUAUGUAUCUGAUCGGGUUCCUGAAGUUGUUGUUGGUGACCCUGGGCGGUUUCGACAAAUAAUUACUAAUCUUGUUGGAAACUCAAUUAAGUUCACGCAGGAUAAGGGACAUAUUUUUGUCUCGGUGCAUCUGGUAGAUGAAAUGAAAGGCACAUCCGAUGUGGGGGACAAGGUGCUACAACAAGGCUUGAACUUAGUUCAGGACAUGUCAAGCAAAACCUAUAAUACAUUAAGUGGCUUUCCAGUGGUAGACAGAUGGAGAAGCUGGGAGAAUUUCAAAUUGUUAAAUGGAAAAGAUGCAAAGGAUGACCCUGAAAAGAUUAGAUUACUUGUAACAGUGGAGGACACAGGCGUCGGGAUUCGUUUAGAUGCACAAGAUCAAAUUUUCACUCCUUUUGUGCAAGCUGACAGUUCCACUUCACGACAUUAUGGUGGGACUGGAAUAGGAUUGAGCAUCAGCAAACAUCUGGUGGAACUCAUGCAUGGGGAGAUUGGGUUUGUGAGUGAACCUGGCGUUGGCAGUACUUUCUCAUUUACUGGAGCUUUUGGAAAAGGCGAAGUAAGUUCUCUUGAUUCCAAAUGGAAGCAAUAUGAUCCAGUGGUUUCAGAGUUCCAAGGAUUGGGAGCACUUAUUAUUGAUAAUAGAAGCAUCCGCGCUGAGGUCACAAAAUACCAUCUUCGAAGACUGGGAAUAUCUGUUGAUAUAACUUCCAGUUUGGAGUCAGCAUGCACCUACGUGUCAAGCAUUUUCACCACAAGUGCAUUUGCACAAUUGGCCAUGAUUCUUAUUGACAAAGAUGUUUGGAAUCAAGAAACAGUUCUUCAGCUACGAUCUUUGCUCGAACAACAUAGGCAAAAUUGCAAACUAAAUGUUUCAACAAACCUUCCGAAGAUUUUUCUUUUGGGUACCUCCAUGAGCCCUGUGGAGCGCUCCAAGCUUAAGACUUCUGGUUUUGUAGAUAAUGUGCUGAUGAAACCUCUUCGGUUGAGUGUCUUAAUUGCCUGUUUCCAAGAAGCCCUUGGAAAUGGUACAAAGGGCAAAGUACGUAGAAAGAAAAUCUCUACACUCGGGAGCUUACUUAGAGAAAAGCGGAUUUUAGUCGUCGAUGACAAUAAGGUUAACAGAAGAGUGGCAGAAGGUGCUUUAAAGAAAUAUGGAGCAAUUGUCACCUGUGUGGAAAGAGGCCACGAUGCACUCAACAAGCUUAAGCCACCCCAUACUUUCGAUGCCUGCUUCAUGGAUCUCCAGAUGCCAGAAAUGGAUGGGUUUGAAGCAACUAGGCAGAUCCGCAGUGCAGAGAGUGAGGUGAAUGAAAAACUUGCUUCUGGAGAAGCAUCUAUUGCGAUGUACGGAAACGUGUCCCACUGGCACAUUCCAAUAUUAGCUAUGACAGCUGAUGUGAUCCAGGCUACAUAUGAAAAGUGCCUGAAAUGUGGGAUGGAUGACUAUGUAUCGAAGCCUUUUGAGGAAGAGCAACUUUAUUUGGCCGUUGCACAGUUUUUUGAGUCUGGCUGAUAGAGUGGCCUAUGUCUUGCCUCAUGAUGGUGGACGACUGAAAUAUGGUAAUUUAUGGCUUCACUCCUUAUCUAUGAUCUAUAAUCCAUAAACUGGCGACUUAAAGUGAUGAAAGAAGCUUCUUGAUAUGAUGAAUACAUAGUAUUUGAUGAAAUGCCGAAGCCAAGAUAUGAUCGUAGGAUGUUUACCAUGCGGGAUUUUAUCUUCAGGAAAUGCCGAGCUUUCAUCCAAGAAAUUGCUUCCAAGUGUGUCGAAAGAGUACCCGAAAUCUUCUGAUUGUCUUCCAUUUAUACAAUCAGCCAAGUUCAAGGAACAAAGUGGUGGCAUUUCCUGUACAUAGCAAUUUUUAUUUAAUUUGUAAUUAAGUGACCUCCAUUCUUUUUGGCCUCUCAUCUCAUAUCAUAUAUUUUUCACCUAAGCAAUAAAAAUUAAUGUACGUUCUUUUCCAUGUUUCAAUUCUUCGAGUAUUUUUGCCUCUCAAUUUCUUCUAUUUAAUUUUGAAGCUCACCAAACUUUUUUCUUUAGGAAGUUUUUAUUUCAUUUUUUUGGUCUUUCUUCUACUCUUGGAUAUUUCUCCAUUUUUCUUUCGUUUUUGCCCUAUAUUCAUUAAUAGCUGGCCCAUUGAAGAAAAUUGGUAUAGGUAAGGUGAAGAUAUGAGGACAUCCUUAACACUGCCACGACAGAGGACAUGCGGCAAUUCCUUCGAUUGAGGGGGAUUAAGGAUCUCCACCAUUGGUACAAAUAUUCAGAUAAAAACAACGAGCACCGGUAAAAACGACAUCGUGGGCAAUGGGAAGGUCAUAUUCUUGUCCUAGUACCUUUUUUUGUUGGGUUUUCAUUUACCCUUGCAUCCUUCGGUUGUGAGGGUGUUGCAACAUAAUCUUGAUAAUUCUACUCUAUCUUUUUAUUAUUAUUAUUAUUAUUAUUAUAUAUUUCUCUUAAUCAUAACUGUGUCGAUAAUAUUUCCUUUAAA